AUGGCAGGCAUUGGAUUUAAAACUGGCCGUCAACUCGGCGAACAAGGUCUUAUAGUUCUCAUUGCGGCUCGAGAUAAAACACGAGGCGAAGAAGCAGUUCGAAUAUUGAAAAAUGAGAAUAUUCAGGCCAAAUGGAUUGAACUUGAUGUAACAAGACAAGAAACAAUCGAUAAUGCAGCUCAACAAGUUUUAAACGACUAUGGUCGACUCGAUAUUUUAAUUAAUAAUGCAGGUGUUCGUCUGGAAGGUGAACCUCCGAGUCAAACUCUUAUGACUAAAAUGCGUGAAACAUUCGAAACAAACUUUUUUGGUCCCUUUGCUGUAACGAAAGCAUUUCUUCCUUUGUUAAAAAACUCCGAUAAAGCACGAAUAGUCAGUGUAUCAAGUCGAAUGGGUUCCUUUGGGAAGCCAUUACCAGUUCCUAGUCGGUUAGCUUAUACAACAUCAAAAGCAGCUCUCAACAUGAUGACUGUUCAAUUUGAUAAAGAAUUUUGUACACAAAACUGGAAUAUUAAAAUCAAUAGUGUUAAUCCAGGCAAGUACUAA